AUGCAGAUUAGUCUACAAGGCGUUGGAUUAUCUAACACACACGUAUCUAAAUGCCAAUGGGCAGCACCCAGAUCACAGUCUGUAAUAUUAAAGUCAAAGAAUCCUGUUCAACGCAGUAUUGCUACAAAAAAUAUCAAGAAUGGUCAAAUGGACAAGACUAUCACGUCAGAAAGUCCUGUAAUAGAUACGACAGUGGCUGCGAUGCCACUUCCAGAACUACCUGUUCAAAAAAACUCGUCUGGUUCUAAUCUUUAUUCAGAUGAGUCGAGCAAUGCGAGUGUAGAAGAGUUGUGUAUAAAUGACACUAGGCCGACCGAGCUGAGCGAUGAAAACUCGCUCGAGUUGUACAAAUUCAACCAAGCACAAAUGGAUAGCACUGAGCAUUUUCAGCAAGUAUUGGAUUCAGGAUCGCUUGACCACUACAAAUAUGUCCUUGAAAUCGAAGAGCGUCGACAAGCUCUCGCACUUCGAGCCCUCGACCUCCAAACUGCACUUCAAAAAGAAAUUGCUGUAGGUUCAAAGCAUGUUGCACAUAAGCACUAUGGAUGGACAUCUUCAGCAUAUAACUUUUCGGAAGAUUCUCCUUUGCUCUAUCCAGCUGAAUCCAACUGGGAUAUCCCAACACGCGACUUUGAGAACCCAGAUACAAUCGAACGGCUAUGGCAAAUGCAUAUGAAUGUUCAGGCUCUCGACUGUAAUUUGGAAUCUGAAAAUGUUUCAAAAAAGUUGUUUGAUGAUAUGUUAUUUGCAAUGACUCGACAAGAUUUAGAGGGCAUUGAUCCAGCAAUAAUCGAAACUCAUUAUCCAUGGUUAAGCAGCAAGCAAUCGCACCAGUCUGACUACUUUGAUUAUCCACUACUUAUCAAGUCCAAGUCAAAAAGGAAAAGAAAACAAAUAGUAAAUCAGGUAUCCAAGAUUCCGACUCAAUCAAUCUCUCAAAAACGAUUUCAGCAGUACUUGGCAGAGCAGGAGGCUAAAAUCCAGUACAAUUUAAACAACAAAUUUCGAGCCAAGCCUGCACCAACAUCUGUUUUGAUUCCCAAAUAUCAUCAUCUGGCUAGUUCAAAUACAACUCGGACGGUCAGGUUGAGAGAAAAACAGCACCUUGAAAAGUCUGAAAAGUCCAGCGAAUGCCACAAAUGCAAUUUUAAUUCAAGCAAAGUUUGCAUCUGCAGUCCAAGUGACAAGUUGAUUAAUGAAGCUCUGCAAAAAUACCACAAUUCUCAAUCAAAACCAGUUUCUGUGCGCACCUCGAUCGUACCAAAAGUAGUUGAAACAACUAUCGAGGAUGGAAAGCGUCGACGUGAACGGAUCCAACAAUGCGAAAAAUUGGCCGGACUGACUUCUGAACACACAUUUCAACCUAGUAUUACAGGACAUAUGCCAGAUUUUGAAACGAUUCAAAAGAAGUUUGUAAAACGAUUGAAUCUACACAAAAUGAGUCAUUCACUUACUCAGCCAGCUCCAUUUUUGGGUUUGGAACAACAUGAGUUGAAACAGGCACAACGCAUACGUAAUCGAUUGGAACGAUUGGAAAAAACACAGUUUGAACUCCAUGCUACAAAACCAACAGUUUUAAACAAAAAGGCAUUCAAGCAUGUUGAAGCCAAAUCCACCCAUUCAUUGACGCUCAAAAUAAACCAUUUGAGAAUGCAAAAUGAAGCGCAACAACUGAUUGCCGAGGUUAAACGAGAAGAAGUGCAACAAAAAAAAGAAAAACAUAGGGCAUUUGCAUACAAGAUUCGUGCUCGACUUGAUCAAACGUUACCCAACACAACACAAACACAUUUCGAGAUCAAACGAAAGCAAUAUAUACAAGAUCAAAAGCAAAGAAACCGAGAGUAUCAGGAAUCAAUCGAGGAAAUAGGAAAGCGAGUAUCAUCUCGAAUGUGUUUGUUUGAAAAAGUGGCGGUAGAUGCAGCCAAACGUAAAGCAUUGACAGGCAAGCACUGUUAG